AUGUCAUCAAUUAAAAGAUUAUUGCCUCUUGAUGGAAUAAAAGUUAUCGAGAUUGCAGGAUUAGCUCCUGCGCCAUUUACAGGAAUGGUAUUAGCAGAUUUUGGUGCAAAUGUAAUCCGAGUUGAUAAAUUCACCGAUAUGCAUAAUAAAAUGGACAACCUUUCAAGAAAUAAACGAUCAAUUUCUAUUAACUUAAAAUCUCCAAUUGGAAUCUCAAUCUUUAAACGAUUAAUUUUUCUCGAUACUGAUAUAUUGAUUGAACCAUUUCGACCUGGUGUGAUGGAAAAGUUGGGAUUAGGACCGAAUGAAUUAUGUAAACUAAAUGAAAAGUUAAUUUAUGUUAGGUUAACCGGUUUUGGUCAAAAAGGUAAAUUUUCUAAUAUGGCGGGGCAUGAUAUUAAUUACCUUGCAGUUUCCGGUGUAUUAUCGCUUCUUGGAAGAAAGAAUGAAAAUCCCAUGUUUCCAUUAAACAUUCUAGCCGAUUUUGCUGGAGGUGGUAUGAUGUGCGUAUUGGGUAUUUUAUUGGCAUUGAUUGAAAGAUCAAAAUCGGGAAAAGGUCAAGUCAUUGACGUUGCAAUGGUUGAUGGAGUCAAAUAUUUGGCAACCUUCACUCAAUUAAUGAAGCUAAUGAAUCAGUUAUGGACUGAACCCAGGGGUGAAAAUAUGCUUGAUGGAGGUGCUCAUUUUUACGAAGUUUAUAAAACCAAGGACAAUAAAUAUAUGGCCGUCGGUGCUAUUGAACCGCAAUUUUAUGCAGAAUUAUUAAAAAGAUUAGAUUUAAAUGCAAAUACCUUACCAUCUCAAUUAGACAAUUCGAAAUGGAAUGAAAUGAAACAAUUGUUUACAAAUACAUUUCUGACUAAAACACAAGAAGAAUGGAAUCAAGUAUUUUAUGGUAGUGAUGCGUGUGUUACACCUGUUUAUGGAUUAAGUGAUAAAAUACCAGAACCUGCUCCAAAAUUAUACGAAACUCCUGGUAGAAUGAUACAAUUAAAUGAUUCCUUGAAUCCAGGUAAGCAUAGUGAAGAAAUUUUAACAGAAUACGGUUAUAGUGAAAAUGAGAUUAAAGAAUUUUCGAUGAGAGAUAUCGUUGGUGGAUUAAACUUUAAAAAAAGUUUAUUGUAA